CGAUGGAUUUAUGCUUUUAUUAAUUAAUUUACUACGACAAAGGGAAAUUUAACUCGAGUUAACUGAGCAUUGGCAGCUUUGGGCAAAACUUCUUCGGCGCGUAUCUCCUAAGUCGAUAUUCGAUUUUAACCUUUUCUGGGCUACCUCCUCCGAAAGCGAAACUCAAAACUCAAAAGACGAAUCACCAGUAAAGUCGUCGCUUGGAAAGGAGCUCGGACGACUCGCUGACAUCCGGCCUUAUCGUUUCCAAGCGGACUCCGCCGACGCCAGGUCGAGACGCAACCGUUUUUAUAAUGAACGUCAACGAGGAUUUCUAUGCGGCCGCGGAAAAAAUCCUCUCGGACAUCGAGCAGAUAUUCAGGAAAGACCCGAAAUUGCACAGUUUUGAGAUAAUUCCAGUUGUAACUAAUGAGAACAAGUCACCUGUUUAUCAUGUCGAACACUGCCUUGGUCUUGAGUCUUGGUGCAUUCCUCAUAUAUUUUGCCACGCAUACCAGAAUGUAAUUAGCAUGAGGCAAAACAAAGGGUGUAGAGAUUUGAAAAGGCUCAACACUUUAUUAAUGGGUGCCCUUAUGAUAAAUCCUGAAAUAACGACAUUUUGGAAUAUGAGGAAGGAACUGAUCAAUUCAGGAAAACUCGAUGCCCACUUUGAGCUGCAUUUCACCGCUGUAAUAUUGACAAGAAAACCAAAAUCAGCUGAUGUUUUUCUUCAUCGUAAAUGGAUUUUAAAAAAGCUCCUUCUUGGUGUUCCUGAAGAUUUUGGCUUAAUACUGAAUGAAAUGAAUAUUUGUGAAGUCGCUGCUGAUCGCUAUUCAAACAAUUACCAUGCUUGGACACAUAGAGCCUGGUGCCUUAUGCAGGGCGAGCCGUUACAAGGGAGCUUAGCUCAGUUUUAUCAGCAAGAAUUGAACAGAUCAGAAAUGUGGAUAUCAAAGCAUGUAUCAGAUUAUAGCGGCUUGCAAUUCAGGCAGCAGCUCUUAAAGAAAAUAUUUCAAUUUUUGGACACCCCAAACUCUGAAAGCGUGGUUAAUUACUUGCAAAAUGUUGAUGAGUCGAUCGAAGAGUUUUUCUUCACAAUUGGUUUAAAAAAUAUGAAUAUCCACAGCCUUAACUUAACCAUCAAAAUGCAGAUUUGUAUUUAUGAAUUAAUUUUAAACACCGGUUUUAUUAAAGAUUUCAUCGGACAUGAAGCUCUGUGGUAUCACAGGAGGUUCGUUUUUAAUUUUAUUAAAGAGUCUUUAAUUCCAAAAGAUGCCUUCGAUAGCAACAAAUGCUGGGGCUUUAAAGAUAUCAGCCAUUUGAACUGUGACGCGAUUCCCGUACAAAAACAGAAUUUAGAUCCUUGUUAUUUAAAUGAAAAAUUCAUUUUGUUACUUAGCAUCUUUGAGGAUAAUUUCCUUAAAAAAUACACUAGCAACAAUGUCGAUUCUAGAGAAAAGCUGUAUGCUGAACGACAUGCACAUUGGUUGGAAAGAUACCUCAAAUUCAAGUUACCAUACAAUUUAGAUUUGCUCAAAGGAACUUUGAUAUGAGUAUUCAUUUUUUGUAAUAUGCAAUACUCUUGUACACUUGGCUUGUCUCUUCUUUAGAUCAAUUGAGCAAAAUAUUUUCCGAGUACCUAAUUAAUUUAAAUGAUAAUUAAAAGUGCCAAAUAACUAGUUAUACUAUUGUCAGAAGCUGAACUCAAAUUCUAUGCUUACAAACUGCAAACGAAACAUAAUAAAUACUUGCAAGUAUUAUUACAUACAUAAAUAAUAUAAAAUAGAUCAUCUAUUUAAAAUAAAGUGAAUAUUGAAAUAUAGGCAAGAAAUUUAAUAAAUAAAAAUUAUAUUACUAAAACCAAUGUUAGCAAAAUAAAUUGUACAUAUUUUAUUUCAACUGAGAUCAACGAAUGAGCAAGUUAAAGAUGAUUUUUUUUUUUCGUUUAAACCCUUUAAAAACGCCUAUAAGGUUUUGUACAGUAAAUUAUUUUUUUAAUUGUUGGAAUGUUACCUUAUUUAUUUUCUAAGAGUUUCAUAAAUAUAAUUAUUACUAUUUUAGACUAUUGACCCAUGCAUACAAAGACUAUGUGAUAUUUGUUUUAUACUUCCUUCUUUUCAAAUUUUAUUUCUGAAAAUUUGCUUUGCUUUUCAAAAGAAUAUAUAUAUUGUACAUGAAAUACAGAAAUAUAGAGAAAGCCUAAGCUAAAUGUUUUCUUUAUUUGUAUAAAUUUAAUUGAUAACAGUA